AUUACCCCUCAUUUACCCGCAUUCUCGAAAACUUUACCGGAAAAAAAAAAUGAGACACAAGUCCGACGAAACACUCUUGCUUUCUCCCUAACCAGAGAGCCUCUCACCUCAUGUUUUACUCUCGCUUCAACAGCACAAUCAUGACUUGACAAAACCAACGACACAACGCACGGCAUAAAAAGACAACCCCCAACUUGAAGCUGCAAUAAUAACAACAAACCGAGACAUGGGCGCGUCGCUAUCUAACCUUACCGAUAACGGUGCGACCCUGGGUCCGGGACUGGGGGACAUACCGGAGAGUUGCGUGGCUUGCGUGUUUUUGUACUUGACUCCCCCGGAGAUUUGUAAUCUCGCCAGAUUAAACCGCGCCUUUCGUGGUGCGGCGUCGUCGGACUCCGUUUGGGAAAAGAAGCUUCCGCCGAAUUAUCAAGAUCUGCUCUAUUUUAUGCCCUCUGAACGCUAUCAACAUUUGUCUAAAAAAGACAUUUUUGCUCUCCUCUCUCGUCCCGUUCUCUUCGACGAUGGAAAUAAGCAGGAAGUGUGGAUAGAUAGAGUUACGGGAAGAGUUUGCAUGUCAAUAUCAGCACAAGCGAUGGCAAUAACGGGAAUUGAAGAUCGUAGAUACUGGAAUUGGAUUUCUACUGAAGAAUCUAGAUUCCAUGUUGUGGCCUACUUGCAACAAAUAUGGUGGUUUGAGGUAGAUGGUGUAGCGAAGUUCCAUUUUCCCCCUGAUGUCUAUACUGUGUCAUUCAGGCUUCAUCUGGGAAGAUUUUCCAAAAGGUUGGGAUGGCGAGUGUGUAAUUUUGAGAACACCCAUGGUUGGGAUAUAAAGCCUGUACGAUUAGAGUUGUCUACUUCAGAUGGUCAGCAAGCAUCAUGUGAAUGUUGUUUAGAUGAGACUGAACAAGGAGAUGCAAAUGGCAACCAUAAGCGUGGAUGCUGGAUAGAUUAUAAGGUUGGUGAAUUUAUUGUUACCAACUCAGAAACAGCAACUGAAGUUAGGUUUUCAGUGAAACAGAUUGAUUGCACACACUCCAAAGGCGGGCUUUGUGUGGAUUCUGUGUUUAUCAUCCCUAGUCAUUUGAAAGAGCGGAAGAGGAAGGGGUUUUUAAAGUAGGUGACUCCUGUGAAUAAUUAGUCAGUUUUGUUUGAUUUAUACUUUGUGGGGUUUUUUAAAGUAGGUGACUCCUGUCAAUUAUUGUUCAGUUUUGUUUUGAUUUAUGCUUGUGUAUUGGCUUUGGUUAUGCACUCUUGGGGGGAGGGGGCUUAAAUCUUUACUGAAAGCAGUAUCGUACCACUUUUGUUUAAUGAUAUAUCGAACUUCUGCAGUAGCUCUCAAGUUUAGAACGACUGGGAGGCUUAGUCUUACUUGUAAUUUUCUUGUGCCUGGUGCUGUAGAUCUACUUUAUAUAGGACAAUGAACCUGACAAGUGAUGGUUCUUUACCUUCAGGACUUUUGGGCUAUCUUUUGGAUGGAGCCCCAAUUAUUUUGAUUAAUGUAUCAUAUUGUACAUGUUUAUUCAAGUAAUAAAAUAACAUUUUGUAUGUUUGA